AUGAAUGAAUACUGGUACCACGCAGGGCUGAGCCAGACAUGUGCUGAGCAGUUGCUGAUUCGUGACGGUCGGGAUGGUGCUUUCCUUGUGCGUCCCAGUGAGUCUGUGAGAGGAGCAUUUGCAAUAUGUGUUCUUUUCAGAAAACAAGUUCACACGUAUCGAGUUUUACCAGAAGAAAAUGGAUUGUUAGCUGUGCAGUCUGUGCAGGGAGUUGAGGUAAAGAAAUUCCCAGGGCUCAGUGAGCUGGUUUAUGCCUAUAAAUAUGAGAAGAAUGGGAUGGUCACAUCGUUACUUUAUCCUGCUGGAUGGGAAGGAGAUGGUAGAACAGGUCAUUUUGACUUACAAGGUGGUACAUCCCCAGGUUGGAGGGUCAUCCCUUGCAUGGAUCCAGAGCUAGGGUCAUCCCAUUGUGAGCAUACAUUCUUUUCACAAAAUACGCAUGUACAAGAAGACAUAUUUGCCUCUAAAAAGCAAGAUCUUUGGCUAUGUUCAUUAAAUCAAGAAGAGUUGGGGUGCAAAAAGUUGUACAGGCAGCUUGAAGUCACGUGGCAUAGCCUGAAAACCCUUAUGCACGUAUUUGGGCAUGUGACAUCACAUCUGCACCCAGACUGUGAUCAAGUUUUGUCACUGGACUCACUUAUCCAUAACAUUUUAGCUGUGCAGGAGAUCCUGUGUUUUAUUGAGAGGAAUACACUUCACAUAUUACGAGAAUAUAUCCUACCGUCUCCCAUCUCAUAUCCCCCUGUAUCUCCUGGAAUAGUGACCACAAGCCCUAACAAGCCCACCAAAGAGACAGAGUUACCUGGUGUAUGUAUGAAUAUAAUAUGCAGUGACAGCAGUCAACCUAGAAGGAAUGUCCCCAAAAACCUAUCUGUGUUUCUUGGCACAUGGAAUAUGGGUGGAUCUCUUCCUCCUUGCUCCAUCUCUUCUUGGUUGUCCUCCAGGGGGUCUGGAAAGAUCUUUGAGGACACAGGUGCUUGUCUUUCACAUGACCUUUACAUGAUUGGGACACAGGAAAAUCCUCAGGGAGACCAAGAGUGGACAGAUUUUCUCAAAGCAGCUCUGUUUUCCCAGACUGGAAAACAGUAUAAAGUGGUGACGGCAAACUCUCUUGGAGGGCUUAAACUUGUACUCUUGGUAAAACAGGAAUAUGAGAAUUUUAUCACUCAUGUGCAGUUGUCGAAUGUGAGGACGGGGAUCAGCAAUGCUGUGGGUAAUAAAGGAGCUGUCGGUGUGUCUUUUGAAUUUACUGGGACAUCAUUGGGAUUUGUAACCUGUCAUCUGGUGUCCAGCAGCAAAAGGGUUCAGAAGAGAAAUCAAAGUUUUGGCGAUAUCCUGCAUUCUUUGUCACUCGGAGAUGAAGCUUUGAGAAGUUUCCAGCUGCCUCUGAGACUUACGCAUCUCUUUUGGACAGGAGAUUUAAACUACAGGAUAAACAUGCCUGUUCAAGAUGUUCUGCAAUGUGUGUACAGUGGACGAUACCAUGUUCUCCUUCCAGUGGAUCAACUAAACCAGGAACGCAAGAGGAAGAAAGUCUUCCUUGGAUUCAAGGAGGAACCGAUCGCAUUUCCACCAACAUUUCGGUAUGAAAGAGGAUCUCGCAACUACGACUGGCAAAAAACUAAGGCCACUGGCACUCGUAUAUUUGCUCCAUCCUGGAGUGAUCGUGUGUUGUGGACAUCUUACCCAGACACUAAGAUCAAAUGCACAUCAUAUGGCUGCACAGAUGACAUUGUGACCAGUGACCAUUCUCCUGUUUUUGCAACAUUUGUUAUUGGACUCAAAAGUUUGUUGCAGAAAGGUCUCACCUACACAAUCAGAUUCCAAAACAUUGAGGCCAUCAUCAAAACCCACCACAGAUCCCAAGGCUAUAUUCAGUUUCAAUCAAAAAGUUUACAAGGUUCACCACAAAGUACUGUGAAUAGUGAACAUAGCAAUGAGGGUACAGCAUUUCUGAAAAUGGGUUGGUCAGAGCAAGAUUUGCCAGAGCUUACCCUGGUUGGCCAGGAUCCAAAUCACAACCUGACAGGACACAUACUACUUAGUAUAAAAGCUACAGACGGAGGAGACUCGUAUGGCGAGUGCUGUGUAUCAGUGCAUGCACUCUGUAGAAGCAGUGACCAUCACUUUCAAGCAUUCAUGUCACAGCGGGGAGAAGAGACAGGGUUUCUUCAGGGACGUGUGAACCUGAUCACCCUCACAGAAACCAAAUUGGAGAAGACUACUCCGUCCUCCCAAGCACAAGUUGUGAAAAUUAAGGAGAAUUCUUCCCGUGUCAGCUGUGCAGCGGAUUCUGCCUGUGACACCCCAAGCUUACGUUCGUCAAAAAUUAAAGAAAGACGACGUCCUGCAAGUAUUUGCUGUUCUACUAGCAGCUACAGCAAUGCUGAAUAUUUUCUUCUUGAGGGGACUCAGUUAACCCACACUCCAACCUUCAGCAGGCCCCACUCCACCUUGGUAAAUGGAAAACAUCAGCAGACUGCUGAGCAAUGGAGUGAACUUGGGCAGGCUUCUGUGGUACCUCCAACCAACAAGUCAGAACCAUCUCAAGGUCAGUAG